AUACAUAAUUCAAAACAAAUUAAAUAAAUAAAAAUGAGGAAAAACGCUGACCGAGACAGCGUUUUACCUCAGAAGCUCAAUUUCGUAAAUAAUUUGGCCACACGUCUAUAUUCGUAAAUAGUUUACUAAUAACGCUUAGUUUCGUAAAAAAUCCAACUAGAUGCCACUCCAAAUAGUGCUCUAUUACAUCCCAAAAAAAAAAUGAAAUGGGCUUUACUUUCACCGCUAAAAACAAGGAUUUCAUCUCCAAAAUAGCACCAACACUUAAACUUGCUCUCUGCCCCACCACCUUCCGCCGCCGCCACUUCUGAUCAAUUACCGUCGUACAACCGCCCACCACCGUCGCAAUGCUCACACUCGGUGGCAGAAAUCGGCAAUGAAUCAACAACCUUUAAAUCCCCAUUUUCCCUAAGUUCUCUCAUUCAUCAAUUUUCUAAUCCCAAAACCUCUGCAAAAACCUAGAUUUUCUACUAUGAGAGUAGCUACUUUGAUUCAACGUCCCUUUUUCGGGCAUUUCGUAUCUUUCAGCAAGCUAAUUCAAUCACGUUUAUCCACUGAAAAAUCCGACCCAUUGACCCAAAUUAUCUCAAUUCUUGAGAAUUCUAACCCCAUUGAACAUUAUCUUGAUCCAGUUGCACACAUUCUCAAUCAUCGUAUUGUGUCAUCAAUCAUGACGAAACCCCCAAAUUUUCAAGUGGGGUUUCGAUUUUAUAUCUGGGCAAUGAAUCGGAGGUCGCUUCGAGCUAGGAGUUUGAAUGAUUUGGUCAUUGAUAUGAUUUUGAAGGAGAAUGGUGGGUUUGAUCUUUGUUGGGAAACCCUAGAAGAGGUUAAGAAAUGUGGGUUUGAUGUCCCAGCUGAGGUAUUUUUCGUGUUGAUGUCGGGUUAUUGGAAGGCGGGCAAUCCAGAAAAGGCGGUCGAAUCGUUUGGUAAGAUGAAGGAUUAUGAUUGUAAACCUGAUGUUCAUACUUACAAUGCGAUUAUUCAUAUUAUGGUGCAAAAGCAGGUGUUUUUGUUGGCAUUAUCUUUGUAUCAUCAAAUGUUGAAGUUAGAUUGUAGUCCUAAUGUAGCUACCUAUAGCAUUUUGAUUGAUUGUUACUGUAAACUUGGGAAGAUCGAAGACGCGCUUAAUAUGUUUGAUAAAAUGAUCGAGAAUGGAAUAUCUCCGGAUACCAUAAUUUAUACGAUUGUAUUGUCGGGUUUGUGUUUAGCUAAUAGGACAUAUGAUGCUCAAGGUUUGUUAGAUAAAAUGAUAAAUAGUGGGUGCCUUCCUGAUUCAAUUACAUAUAAUGCUAUGCUUUCGGGGGUUUGCAAGACGGGUGGGAUUGAUGAAGUAUUUGGGCUAUUGAAGUCCUUUCAGGAUCAAGGGUAUACAUUAGGGAUUAAAAGUUAUAGCUGUAUUAUUUACGCCUUAUUUAGAGUCGGGAGAUUUGAGGAAGCUAACUUGUGGUUUCGGAAACUAUGUGAGGAAAAUAUAACUCCUGAUCUUAAAGUAUACACUAUUAUGAUUCAAGGUCUUACAGAGGCAGGAAAGAUUAAGGAUGCUUGGACAAUGGUUCAAGAGAUGACGGAAAGAGGUGUAGUUCCAGAUACUCAAUGUUAUAAUGCAUUGAUCAGAGGGUUCUGCGAAAUGGGUCUGUUGGAGGAUGCACAGUCCCUUAAGCGUGAGAUGUCAGAGAACAAUUGCUUCCCUGACACAUGUACUUAUAACCACCUCAUAUAUGGCGCUUGCAGAAAUGGAAAGGUGGAGGAAGCAAAGCAAAUCUUUGAAGAGAUGGAGAAAGCUGGAUGCUUUCCUUCUGUUAUAACAUUCAAUACACUCAUUGAUGGGCUAUGCAAGGCUGGAGAAUUUGAGGAAGCACGUCUCUUGUUUUAUAAGAUGGAGAUAGGUAGAAAUCCUUCUUUGUUUCUUCAUCUUUCUCAAUGCACUGACCGUGCACUGGACAGAGAAAGCCUACAGAACUUGAUUGCCAGGUUAUGUGAUUCAGGGUUGUAUCUUAAGGCAUAUAGAAUUUUAAUAAAGCUGACUGAUAAUUGUGUUUUACCUGAUAUUACUACUUAUAAUAUCCUCAUAAAUGAUCUGUGCAAGAAUAAAAACAUUAAUGGUGCUUUCAAGCUUCUUAAAGAAUUACAAUUCAAGGGAUUAUCUCCUGAUUGUGUAUCUUAUGGAACCCUUAUCGAUGGGCUUUAUAAAGUUGAUCGAGAAGAGGAAGCAAUUCGUUUGCUAAAUGAUAUGAUGAAGAGUGGGUGUUUGCCCCAAUCUGAUGUUUAUAAGACUAUAAUGACUUGGUUAUCCCGCAAGAGGAAGGUUUCAAUUUCCUUUUCUCUGUGGCUGGAUUACCUUAGAAGCCUUAAAAGUCGGGAUGAUGAAGCAAUCAAACUGAUUGAAGAACAAUUUGAGAGAGGAGAAUUGGAGGAAGCAGUCCGAGGGUUGCUGAAGAUGGAUUUUAAGUUGAACAACUUUGACGUGGGACCAUAUACAACAUGGUUAAUAGGGCUAUGUCGAGUUGAUAGAGUAGAUGAUGCUAUGAAGAUUUUUGAUGUUCUUCUAGAAUUUGGUGUCACUGUAGCUUCAUCGAGUUGUAGGAAGCUGAUACAGACUCUCUGCUCACAAUCAAAAUUGGAUCUGGCUGUAAAUGUUUUCCUCCAUACUCUAGAAAAGGGGACUAUGUUGGAGCCAUCAGUUUGCAAUAGGUUACUUUGCGCUCUCCUGCGUUCUCAAGCCUUUGUGAAUCAUGCUUUUGAUAUUCUGGGCAAAAUGGAUUCAGUGGGUUAUGACCUAGAUACUCAACUUGAACAAAGAACAAAGUCACUCUGGCAGUAUCAUUUAUACAUGCAGGAAUCAGCAAUGGCUAGCUAAUUUGCUCCCCUUGGAUUCACCCGAAUGAAGGUUUGGUGUAGCAACAAAAGCUUUGUUUUUGAAUUGGUAAGGUGUGACUUUGGAAGAAUAAUCUCCCACCUCUGUUGUUGCAUUGGUACAUCAGAUGUGGUCUUGAUGAGGUCAACUGUGCGUCUGUGCAUAAGGAUUGAGCAAAAAGGUGAGUGGUAGGUGAUAUCCUGGAAAUUAGAAUUAAUUCCCUAGAAACCAGCAUUCAGAGCUGGGAGGAGAACCAUAUUAAGCUUUUUCUUUCUUAUGCAAAUGUCUGACUCUAAGUUUCACCCAUCUAACUUCUGUCAUAUGUAAUUGCCAAUAUCAAUGCAAAUGUAUAUUGAUUGUGGUGGUCAGGUACAAUUUAGUUUGUUUGAAAUUUUGGUGUCUGGAAAUAGGAUCUCGAUCAUGAGGAAAGCCUUCCAUUUCUGUUAAAUGACCUGGCCUCUCCCGGCUCUUUCACUAUUAAACAUGUGUUCGUUUAACUGCUCUUCAGAUGAUGCAUGCAUGAUGUUAUUUGGAUAAGAUUGGGUGGUGUACUAAUAUUCAGUUGAUUGAAUACCAAAACGUUUUCUGCAAGUAUAAAGUGAAAAUUGAGGACACAUCUGAUGCAUUAGGAAGAUACACAUUAUCUGACCUCAUUUCUACUGGUUUACUGGGAACAAACAUUUUGCAUACAUUUUUGACCUCUUUAUGAUUCCCCUUUGAAUGUCUGAUGUAUGGGUGCUAACUGACACUGUUGAAGAUGUAUGAAAGUAUGUAUGUAUCUCAUCAGUACAUCUCAAAUGAGCAAUAAGAUCUCAAUUUUCAAAGUGCAUGGCUUUUUUAUGCUUCUAAAUUAUAUCUCUGUCUUUGCUGCAGAAUAUUGUCAUGGAUAAAAGUUCUUGGACGAGGAUUAAGGGUCAUGGUAGCAAUGGAGAAUGAUCGUGAUUGAGCACUGACUAUUCUAUGUAUUGCUGCUACGAUUAUGAUAUCAUGUGGCCUUUGAAGGGACAUUACUCCAGAUGUCCUAUCUACUACUUAGGAAGAAGGAAUAUAAGUGUGAUAUGCUCCAAAUUUGAGCUCCGUUAUUGAAAACUGCUCAUUUGAGGGUGGUUCUAUGCGAUUGGAACUGCAGACUUUGGUGAAGUUUUCAAGUCAUCUGAGCUUUGUAUACCUGCUUUCAGGCAUUCAGCAUGUUUGGAAGGCCUCAAUGAAUUUAACUGAACUCUUUGUUUUCAACCAUCUUGCCUAUUAAAUUGUCUUGUCACUUGUGAGAAUGUGAGGUUAUGCAAAUCUUAUAGCUCUAGUUCACAUUCAGGCACCUUUUGAUCACAUUUGGUUGUCUGUCUGGUUUGAAAGAGUGCAUUCACAGGGACAAGAAAUUAAAGGGCAAAAAUGCACAUGAGGUCUACCCCCAUCAGGGGAGGCAGGGAGCUGUACAAAGCAAUAUCAUUGUAGUUAUUUAAUCCGCUUCUGAAACUACUGAACCUUGUGUAAACCAGGAAGCAGUGUUUAUUGCACAACAAUAUCUUCAAGAACCAAUUGACUGGGCAUUGCAGAAAGGCUAAGGUCACAAGUGAGCUUUGUAUCAAACUUUGCUUUCCUUUUGCUGAUGAAGCUAGAAGAGCCAGACUGAAACACUUAACACUGGGUAGCUUCUUGGGAAUGAAACAGGAAAAUGACUUGGUGCACGACUGUUUUUUUUUUUUGUAUAAUUAUCGAAAUCACUUUUUUCUCAUUUCUUAAAUUUGAGCAUAACUUUGAUACAAACAUUUGUAAUGACGUGAAUUCAUAGUCAACAUAAUGAAAUGAAGAUUAUGAAA